UCAGCGCAGGAAAGGGAGGAGCAACAUGGCGACUAGCGGCUUCAGCGAGUCAUCCAGUGGAAGUGGCUAGAAAGCAGAGCCGCUGACGCAGAAGCUCGGGAAGCAGCUGCUUUGCGGGUUCUGUAGAAUAAAUCAACCAAGUUGUAAACCUAAGUUAUACUGUUGUGAAAAGGAUGGCCAACGGGGACAACAAGAGCGCAAAUAUGCUGGCUCUGGAAACGGCCCAGCUGGAGGAGCAGCUGCAGGGCUGGGGUGAGGUCAUCCUGGCUGGAGACCGUGUCCUGCGCUGGGAGAAGCCUUGGUUUCCUGGUGUCCUAAUAGCCGCCACCACUGUGCUCUUCUUGUUGAUUUACUACUUGGACCCGUCAGUCCUGACUGGGCUGUCCUGCACUGUCAUGCUGCUCUGCCUGGCUGAUUACCUGGUGCCCACCCUUGCUCCACGAGUCUUUGGCUCCAAUAAGUGGAUGACUGAACAGCAGCAGCGUUUCCAUGAAAUCUGCUGCAACCUGGUGAAGACUAAGCGCCGCGUCGUGGGCUGGUGGAAGCGUCUCUAUACCCUCAAGGAAGAGAAGCCCAAAAUGUACUUUGCCUCAGUGAUCAGCAGUCUGCUAGCAGUGGCCUGGAUUGGACAGCAGGUGCACAAUCUGUUGCUCACCUACCUGAUUGUGAACUUCUUGUUGCUUCUGCCCGGACUCAACCAACAUGGUGUCAUCACCAAAUAUGCCACGAUGGCCAAGAGGGAGAUCAACAAGCUGCUCAAACAAAAGGAGAAGAAGAAUGAAUAGACCUGUGAGUGAAGGGCACAUCUGAAAUGUCAACCGUGUAGUGAGAAGGUGGAAGGAAGUUGUUAGAAGUGAGGAGAGCAAAAAUGAGG